GCCGUAUGCCCGUAUUCCCCUACUCCUCAUUCCUGUCUUCAUCCCCUAUUCCCUUUCAUUCUCUCUUCCCUAAGACCCUAACCUUAUUCAAUAUUCCGCAUAAUUCUAGCGCCGGAAGCUUCAUCUUCGUCUUCAACUUUGGUAGUCCUUCUACUCUUCAAGGAAUAAAGAGUGCUUCUUAUUUCAUCAGCGAGAACCCAAACAUAAUCUAUCCCAAUGUCUUCUUUUUACGUACUAGGUAACUUACUUUCCUCACCCAUUAGUACCCGCCGUCUGCUCCCAUUAUCCCCUUCAGCAUGCCUAAAUUACGACGUUUCACAACCCAAAACAAAUGCCCAUGAAAUCGGGGCAAAAUCAAAGCAAAUAAUGGAUGAAGAAGCAAAAGUGAUUUUGGGUACUUAUGGUAGAGCUCCAAUUGUUCUUUCCCAUGGAAAAGGUUGUAAGUUGUUUGAUGUUGAAGGGCGAGAAUAUUUGGAUAUGACUUCUGGGAUUGCUGUUAAUGCUCUUGGUCAUUCUGACCCUGAUUGGGUUCGUGCUGUAUCUAAUCAGGCUCAUUUUUUGGCUCAUGUCAGCAAUAUUUACUACUCCAUUCCUAUGGUGGAGCUUGCAAAGCGACUAGUUGCUUCUUCAUUUGCCGAUCGUGUCUUUUUUACAAAUUCUGGUACCGAAGCAAAUGAAGCUGCCAUUAAAUUUGCUAGAAAAUUCCAAAGACAUGCACAUCCUGAUGCCAAGAAUCCAGCUACAGAGUUUAUUGCCUUCAGCAAUUGUUUUCAUGGAAGAACUGUUGGCGCUCUUUCGCUGACUAGUAAAGAAAAUUAUCGAUCACCUUUUGAACCGCUCAUGCCUGGAGUUACUUUUCUUGAAUAUGGCAAUGCAAACGCUGCCAGAGAAGUAAUUUUGAGUGGAAAAGUAGCUGCUGUUUUUGUUGAACCUGUUCAAGGUGAAGGUGGUAUUUAUAGUGCAACCAAGGAAUUCUUACAAUCAUUACGUACUGCUUGUGAUGAAGCUGGAUCACUCUUAGUUUAUGAUGAGGUGCAAUGUGGUUUGGGUAGAACAGGUAACCUUUGGGCACAUGAAGCCUAUGGUGUAUACCCUGAUAUAAUGACUCUUGCAAAGCCUCUAGCUGGAGGCUUACCUAUUGGAGCUGUUCUGGUUACAGAAAGAGUUUCAUCAGCUAUAAGCCCGGGAGACCAUGGAAGCACCUUUGCCGGUGGACCCCUCGUGUGUCACGCUGCACUUACUGUCCUAGAUAAAAUCACAAGUCCUGGAUUUUUGGAUAGCGUGGCAAAAAAAGGGAAAUUUUUCCAAGAUAUCUUAACGAAGAAGUUGAGUGGAGACCAACAUGUCAAAGAAGUCCGAGGUCAGGGUCUUAUUGUUGGUAUAGAGUUGGAUGUGCAAGCUGCGCCCUUGGUGGAUGCUUGUCGAAACUCAGGUUUGUUAAUUUUAACAGCCGGAAAAGGAAACGUUGUGAGAUUGGUUCCGCCAUUGACCAUAUCAGAGCAGGAACUUGAAUCUGGUGCUGACAUUCUCCUUAAGUGUCUCCCAGCCUUGGAUGGAAGCAGUUAAGGUGAAAUCGGUGCUAGUUUGAUUAUCUUUUUUUAGUGAGUAGUUGAUUGUAUGUAAAGACUGACUAUUUCAAGAGUUUUAGAAUACCAUGUUAAUUUUGACACAGUUUUAGCCUCUAAAGUUUCUGGUUAUUAGAUUUAUGCUUUUCUGAAAAGUAAAAAUGGAAUUAUUCAAAAGAUAUUAAGUAAUUAUUUAUCUUCA